AUGUCUGAGCGAAUUUUCAAUGAAAAUAAUGAUCAUUCACCCCAGAAUGCGGCUGAUGAACCCUUACCUGAGCAAGAAGUGAAAGAAUUUCUUUGUCGUUACUGUGACAGGAAGUUCUCCACUCCUCGGUCACUUGGAGGACACCAAAAUGCUCAUAAGUGUGAGCGUCUCGUCGAAAAAAUGGAAGAAGAAAGGAGAAAGCUGGAGAAAAUGAAUUCGACCAUAGGGAUUACACAUAGUAAUCAACCAUACCCUUAUCCAUUUUCAAGCCACAUUCACGAUCAUGGGUAUUCAUAUUUAUGUGGUGCUAACUUGCACAUGAACAAUACAAUGCCUUCUUGGGCUAAUACUUUGGGAUUUGGGCUUUUGUCUCAAGCUAAUCAAACCUCUUCAAUUGUUGUCUUGUACCGAUCCAAUUGGAGAAGACCCAAUUCAAGAAAAUUCUGA